CUCGAUGUCGCUGACAGGAUAACAGGGGCCGGCCAUUGCCGUGUGACACAGCGAUAAACGCGCAUCUGAAAGAGAGAAAAAAAGGUGUAACUUAGCCUUCGAAUGCUAAGCAUUUGCAGUUUUGCCUCGUUCUCCUAUAGGCAAGGCAUCCAGAGCAUGUGAGGAAUAGCGGUAAGCAAACGGAAACAAUUGAAAUUAUAGAAUGUUCUUUCUUGACCAGAAUCUCUCCUGCCUUUGGCUUAUCAAUGUAGAUCAAACUCUUCACUCUCCGUAUGUGUAUGUACGGAGCUCUAAAGACGAACUCUUACUUCCAUUCUGUUAAUUUUCCUUUAUGUUAUUGACAUCUUUUAAGUUAUAUAAACGCAACGCACACUGCUGGAGAAGCGGUUUAGGAUGUUAGUACUAGACGUUAAACCAAGUAGGUAGUGAGCGAAUGGCAACAGACAAGCACACGAGAGAAUAAGUAACAGUCAUUGCUUUUGGGUUGAGAGCAGAAAGAUAGAGUGUGUUAUUAGUUCAACAGCGACAGCUGUUUCGGCAGUGAAUUGAAAAUUCAACAUCAAAGCGAGAGUGCCGUGACAUGAUCACAGCAGGACAUUCGGAUCCGUAUUUGACAGGAGCCAGCCAACCCACUCUUGCAAAUGGUUAUUCUCGAAUCAAAGUUAGUCUAAGUAGCCGUUGAAAAUUGGUAUUAUUAUGGAACUGCAGGGAGCGUGCCGUGGAGGUGGAGGAGAGGAGGGAUUCAAACUUGUUUCCGUGUGUCUGUAUGCUGUUUGAGCGCGUACGUGUGCGUACGUACAAGUGAGUGAGUGUGUGUGUUUGUAUGUGAGCGUGUGUGUUGUCGAAAUUGCCAACCUCCAAAAUAACUGUGGCAUACGGCAAAGCAAUAAUAUAUACAUACAUAUAUCUAUACAUGAAUAUGUUAUAUGUUUAUGUAUGUGGAUUCAUACAUGCAUUGCAUAAAUAUAUACAUGAUGAAAUCGUAUGAAUAUAAAUAUGUAAAGUAAACUGUAAUAUCGAGCCUAGAUAACGACGAAAAUGCGAUAAGAGUAUAAAAAGUAUGUUCCCGACGACAACUUCAAUCAAACAAUCAAUCCCUCACUCAUUCACACACGGUGUUCCGGGAGAGGAGGUGUAGGUCUUGCGAUUACUUCUACUCCGCGAAAACGCAACGCCCGGUUUAACCUGACUGGUCAUGCUAUCAAACAUAGGCCACUUGGAUUCACCCACCAUACGUCGGAUAGUUGUGAUCACAUCUCCUAUUCUCUCCUCGCGUGGGUCCAAGGACUCAUUGGAACAGACAGUCAGUCGGACAUCAGACAGAGAACAGUAACAGUUUAGUAAAUACCGAACAAUAACGAGGGGUAGUUUGAUUGUAAAUCGAAGGGGAAACAGAAGGGAAUGAAUACUGAACACCGUCUAAAAACAAGCGAAUAAGAAGCGAAUUUGAACAAAAGUA